CACUUUGUAAGCAGCCAAUCGGGGGGGAGGGUGUCGCUUGUUGUUGCCCCGUGAGGCGGCUGCGCUCUGGCUGUUGGGCACCGUCCGCCGCCGCCGCAGGAGGGACCCGGGAGGCCGCAGGCCCUGGUGCCCGCCCGCCUCUCGCCGCCCCACCGGCCCCGCGGAGGGCGGGGAGAUGCAGCCCCCGGGCCCGCAGCAGCAGCAGCAGCCGCCGCUGCUUUACGCGCCCAGCAACGGGGACUUCACCUUUGUCUCCUCGGCAGACGCCGAAGAUCUUAGUGGCUCCAUAGCAACUCCAGAUGUUAAGCUAAAUCUUGGAGGAGAAUUCGUCAAAGAAUCUACUGCAACUACAUUCCUAAGACAGAGAGGGUAUGGCUGGCUUUUGGAAGUGGAAGAUGAUGACCCAGAAGAUAACAAGCCACUCCUGGAAGAACUCGACAUUGAUCUGAAGGAUAUUUACUACAAAAUUCGAUGUGUGUUGAUGCCUAUGCCAUCUCUUGGGUUUAAUAGGCAGGUAGUGAGAGACAAUCCAGACUUUUGGGGUCCUUUGGCAGUUGUUCUCUUCUUCUCAAUGAUUUCACUAUAUGGACAAUUUAAGGUUGUUUCUUGGAUUAUAACUAUUUGGAUAUUUGGAUCCUUGACAAUUUUUUUACUGGCCAGGGUUCUUGGAGGAGAAGUUGCUUAUGGCCAAGUUCUUGGUGUGAUAGGAUAUUCCCUACUUCCCCUCAUCGUCAUAGCACCUGUACUUUUGGUGGUUGGAUCAUUUGAAGUUGUUUCUACCCUAAUAAAAUUGUUUGGAGUCUUUUGGGCUGCAUACAGUGCUGCAUCAUUACUAGUUGGAGAAGAAUUCAAGACCAAGAAACCCCUUCUAAUUUAUCCAAUCUUUUUAUUAUACAUUUAUUUUCUGUCCUUGUACACUGGGGUGUGAUCUAGUGCAAGAUGUGGCCAGAAACCAUAUUUUAUUCACUUGCAGACUGAUAAUGCAUAAGAUUAAGGAGGCUGGAGGUAAUACAAGUGACUGUUUUGUAUCCAGUUGUCAAGAUGUUUUAAGAUCGAAGAGCAUAUUUGUGUAUAAUAUUUAAUGAAGCAAUUGUAGCUAUAUAGAUUUGUAUCAAAGUUCUAGGUUUGUUUAAGACUCUUCAGAUUUUAAUGAACAAAAUAAAAGAACCUUGUGUUUUAUAAGAAAGUGUAGCAAAAACACAACUCAAUACCUGUGCCAAAAGCACUAGGACCAGAUUACUAUAUCCGAGGAGAAAAAUGAGAAGUUAACUGUAACAAUCUCAAAGUGCAAUUUUUCUUUUGAGCUUAAACACAGCUGGCUUUUUUUGGCACAGCAAAUUCUGUAGAUAAGAUAUAUUUAUGAAACAGUCCUCAUUGUUCACAGAAUAGUCUGUAUAAUCAAGACAUGAAGAUACUACUUUUAAUUUAGUGCCUCAAUUACUUUGAUUUGGCUAUUGAGUUUUUAUAAAUUCCAAUUUGUUUUCAAAACAUGUAUAUACUGUGUAUUUUGUAUCUAUGGCUUGUGUGUAGCGUAAAUACUCCUUGGUUAAGGAUGUAUAUUGGGUUUUUAAAAAUUGAAGAUACAAGUAUUUGAAGUCUUCAUUUACUAUUUCUGACCAAAGGAGCAAGAUAUUUACUGAGUGACAUAAUUAAAAUGCAUAUUUAGAGAAUCAAAUUAUUUUACUUGAAAAUAUAAAUUUACAGAGAAAUGGGUGAACACCUUUCUCGAAUGUAGUGCUGGCUUAAUGUUGGAGAAAAAAGAUCUAUCAAAUUUGUGUGAUCUUUAAACAAUGUUAUUUUAUGAUGACAAAAUAAAAAUAAUGCUUCCCUAA